AUGGCUUCAGCAGCUCGGCCACUGGCUCAGCAGGCACGGGUCCUCACCCGGAGGAACCCAAUUGCCUCAUCCAUGCGCUGUUUCUCCGCCUCGCCGCUCAACCGCGCCCAGGAAGACCGCGUGGUGCCGCCUCCCCCAAAAGACCGCAACGCCAGUGAUUACCCUGCCGCACCCGAGUACUCGCCUGAAAACUUGGACAAGGAAACGCGCUCCAUGUAUGACCUUUUGUCUCCCCAGGAUCGCUCGGCUUUCGACCAAGAGAACCAGGAUAAGGUCGCCCGAUGGAACGACCCCGUGGAGCGCGCCGCAAUGUUCCGUGAGAUUGAUCAGUCUGUGCAACAAAUUGACAAGGAAACGGAUUUGCGAUUCGAAGAAGUCAAAUCCCGCCAACUUGGUUUCUGGGCCGAGGAUGAGCCCGAUGAGUUCGGCCAGGUCGAGGAUGGAGACGAGGAGAUUAAUGACGAUGAAAUGACUUCCAUGGCACAUGCGGAGGUAGAACUCCACCGCGAAAUGAGAGAAUACGCCCGUAUCACUGCAUGGGACAUGCCUAUGUUGAGCAAGCUCGCUCAACCGUUCACCCUGCCUCCCCAAACCCACAUUCUCCGCUUCCGUUACACUUCCUUUAUGGGUGAGGAGCACCCAGGAGAGUGCAAGGUCGUCGUAGAGCUCGCUUCCCAGGAUCUGGUCCCCAAGUAUCUCACCGAAGCCCAGCGUCAAACGUUCCUCAAGCUGGCCGGCGUGCGCUACAACCCUCAGACCGACAUCGUCCGCAUGUCGUGUGCGAAGUUCCCAGAAAGUGCCCAAAACAAGCGCUACUUGGGUGACAUCGUCAACAGCUUGAUCAAGGAGGCCAAGGAAGGUGAUUCCUUUGCCGAUAUUCCUCUCGACCUCCGCCACCACAAGCCUAAGCACCGAAUUCAAUUCCCCGAGGAAUGGAAAAUGACCGAAGCCCGCCGAAGCCAGCUGGCCGCUCGCCGCCAGGAACGUCUAUCUGCCGAGUCCACACGGGCUGCUUUGGUGAAUGGAAGCGCGAUCCUGACAAAUGCCAUCAAGGUCCUUCCUUCACUCAACCCAUCUCUUCAGGCUAAGGCCGAAGAGGAGCGUGAGCGCGUUGCUGUCAAGACCGGCGCUCGCAAGAAGAUUGGCCGCCGGUGA